GAGGCGCCACAAUCGCUCGAGAACGAAAUCGCGAGCGUCGCGAGCACGAGACGGUAACAAGAAGAAGCACAAAGGCAACGCUGUUGUGCCCGUUGUCGAGACCCCGACAGUGGUCCGAGAUGCGUCGGUUCUUGCACCAAAUCCUCUCGGUCGGCUCCCAUUCGUCCCAGCGCCGUCACGAAGCCCAGGAAACCGAGGAAGGGGACCGGCGCACCUCUGUGUUCGACAUGACGACCACUACCCUGGGACCCUCGGCUCACUCGCCGCCGCUCAGCGCCUCCAUCAUGGGCUUCGGCAUUGAUCUGUACAGGCAGCUGGUGCUGCACACCGCAGGCAGCCACGGAGCCAGCAGCAAGGGCGCCGGGACGCCGGGCAACGUCGUCUUCUCGCCGUUCGCGGUGGCCGCUGCGCUGUCCAUGACGUUGGCCGGCGCCCGCUGCGGCACGGCCAGGGAGCUCGAGGCUGCCCUGCACGCCCGCGACGACGAGCAGAUCCACAGCCACUUCGCGGCGCAGUUGUCGCGCAUCACGAGCCAUGCGCUGAAGGUCGUGUUCGAGGUGAACAAUCGCAUGUACACCGACCAGCGCUACCCGGUCAUCGAGAGCUACCGAGCUUUCCUGCACGACACGUACGGUGCGAACACCAUGCACACCGUGGACUUUUCCUCCCGCCACGGCGAGGUUCUCGCCGAGGCCAACGACUGCGUGGCCCGCGCCUCGUCCAACACAGUCCGCGACGUCGUCGGCUCGGACAGCUUCGGCCCCAGUACGCAGCUGGCGCUGGUCAGCGGGGCGUAUUUCUGUGGCGCCUGGGAGUCGCCGUUCCAGCCAGCCUUCACGGGACCCGACGAGUUCCACGUAGACGCCCACACGGUGGUUCGCGUCAACAUGAUGAACCAGAUGCAACCGUUCGGCAUAGCCCACAGCGACCAGUUGCAGGCGACGGCACUUGAGAUGCCGCAUCUGGGCGGGAAGACUUGCAUGGUCAUCAUCCUUCCAGACAAGAUGGACGGGCUGCCGGAGCUGGAGCGAAACUUGACCCCUCGGAACCUGUCGGACCUACUGCACAACAUCCCCGUCAGGCCGAACGUAAUGCUGAAGCUGCCAAAGUUUGUGGUGCAGCUCAGCUGCAAAUUGCGCGAACCCCUCAAGGCCAUGGGCGUGCGCGAGUUGUUCACAGCGCGGGCCAACCUGUCCGGGAUCUUCGAGACAGGAAGUCCCGCUCUUGCGGACGUCUUCCAUGGCACCUUCCUGGGGGUUAACGAGAUGGGCGCCGAGACUACGUCGCCUUCUGCGGAGGUCUUGGUCGGUGGCGGUCCGGGACUCGGGGAAAUCACGCGCCUCACCGUGAACCGGCCUUUCAUGUUUCUGAUCAAGCCCCGGCAUGGCAACGUCCUAUUCAUAAUGGGCUCUGUGCGAAGGCCUUGAGUCCUGCGCGUUCAUUGGGCAACGCGCGCUGUGCGGAUUUCUUCCGCGUGACAGACAGGCCAAGUGUGGCAUUCACUAAAGAUAACUGCAGUCAGUGGCA